AUGAUACUCGAGAAGAAAGAUCUAAUUCCAGUGGACUGCAGAUUUCCUUAUGAAUUUAGAGCUGGCAAGAUCAAAAACGCAGUGAAUGUCUGGAACCAAAAUUUGCUCGAAAAAUUGUUUCCUCAAAACAGACCAAAGGUUACUUCCGCGGCUUUAGUUUUCUACUGUGAAUUUUCAGAAAAGAGGGCGCCGGCAUUGGCAGAGCAAUUAAAACGCUCUGGGCCGUUUGGUGGAAUAAAUGUGAAUUACCCUGAAAUAUAUGUACUUGAAGGAGGGUUUUCAACAAUAAGAACUUUGUGUCCUGACAGAUGUGAAGGAGUUCAUGUGUCAAUGACCGAUAAAAUGUUCUUCGAAGAAAGAAAAGAAUGUCAUCACAUAAUCAAUGAGAUCAAACAAAGACGAAGAAAAUGUAAUUGUGUUGACUUUACAAAGAUGAGAUUAUCAGAGUGA